CCACAAUGUCAUGACGGCAAUUACAUCUUUCUUUCGCCACGAGGAUAUCAAGUACCGCAUCCGGCCGUCACUAUAAUGGAUAAUGCAGGCGACAUGGUUUGGGAGCAUUAUGUGGAGGGGCAGGGAUAUAAUUUGAAGGUGCAAGAAUAUCAGGGGGAGCAAGUGCUUACUUUUUGGGUUGGUAAUGAUGGUGUUGGUGGCCAUGGAGAGGGCGACUACUACAUGUAUAACUCAAGAUACGAGGAGGUGGCAAAGAUAUCCGCUCUGAACGGAUUGCAUGCAGAUUUGCAUGAGUUGACCAUCACCCCCGAGGGCACCGGCAUGAUGACAAUCUACGAGAUCCAUCCCGUCACUUUCCCCGGUUUCGUCGACGACGCAGACGUGAUCUGGGUCUGGGACUGCCUGUUUCAGGAAAUCGACCUCGAGACCAACGAAUUGAUCUUCCAAUGGCGCGCCUCUGAACAUCACAGUCUGGACGAGACAUUCCGCGACAUCAACGAUGAGGGAAGAGCAUCGAAUCGGCCUUGGGAUUGGUAUCAUAUGAACAGCAUACAAAAGGACGAGUUGGGCAAUUAUUUGGUUUCGGCACGCUACACUCACACCAUCACUUACAUCGACGGACGAUCGGGAGAAAUUAUCUGGAUACUUGGAGGCAAGCGCAACGCUUUCGAAGACAUCUCGGAUGGCAAGAGCAAGGCUACUGAUAUCGCUUAUCAACACUUUGCCCGCUUCCACAAUCUGACGGAAUUUCCUGUACUCCUCGCCCAUGAAAUUGCCAUCCAUCCGACGAAAGAUGUCGACGGAGUUACUAAGAUGCUGGUCUCGGCUUUCGACAAUGGAGCAGAUCACGAGUGGACUGGCAACAGGCCUUCCAGGGGCGUACUCAUCGAAAUCACAUACCCAACCUAUGCCGACCUGGAAUCACACGAUCCAAACGCAUACACAGCAAACCUUGUUCAAGAAUACUUCCACCCAGCCCAAUUCGUCGCUUCGAGUCAAGGAAGCAUGCAAAUAAUUCCUUCAGAGGACGGCGCGGACCCGAGAGUUCUACUAGGCUUCGGCUACGUCGGUGUCUGGACCGAGUUUACCGCCGACGGACAGGUUCUCUGCGAUAACCGCUUUUCUACAAUGAGUAGCUGGGGCAAAGGAGAUGUACAAUCCUAUCGCGCGCUCAAAGCACCUUGGAAAGGCGAACCCACCUGGCCACCUUCCGUCGCAUUCGGCGAGGGAGGAAAAGAAAUCUAUGUCAGUUGGAACGGAGCCACAGAAGUCAAGGAUUGGAAGCUGCAACAAGCGGAGGAAUCAGCAUGUCCCGACGACGCAUGGGAAGACGUCACCACCACUUCAAAACAAGGCUUCGAAACCGAGAUUGAACUGAAAGAUGCAGAAGAGAGGUUUCUAAGAGUUGUUGCUCUUGAUGCAGAUGGCAAUGUUUUGAGCGUUAGCGAUUACCUGGAUCUAGGAUGGGAGAUUGGCGCCAAUGGGAUCUUGAACGGGUAUAAGGUUAGUGAGUAUAGUGCUGUGCAGUUGGCCAUGUUUGCUAUCUGUGGACUCAUGCUGUUUGUUAUUGGAUACGAAGGGUUCAGGCAAUUCAAGAAUUGGAGGGAGACGAGGUGGUUGGGGUAUGAGAAGGUGAGGUUGCAUAGUGAUGCUUCCUCUUUGGCAUAAUCUGUGUUCCUUUCUAGC